CGUUUCGACUUCGUCACAUUGAACACGUCUGUCGCUGAGAUCAUGGCACGGGCGAUCCUCUUGCUGGCGUUUUGUGCAGGUUUAACGCAAGGAUUUUUCCUUGGYGGAAACGAUAAAGAUUCAAUCGGUAUCCCAGUGCAGAUGGGAGAUAAGUUAGGUUUUAGACAAGACCAGAAAGUUUUUUCGCAUCUUGUUAUUCCUCCMUGGAGCAGACCRUUCAAACCCGGUUACUGCACGAGCUGGGAGUGGAACACGGACAAGCGGUACAGGGAACAGAGGCUUGCGAUCUGUUAUGACCUCGAGAAAGGUAAACAUGAAUGUGAUUCGCCGUCGGGUUUCUGCAAAGACAAAUGCCCCUUCACCAAUGGUAGCUAUCCUUAYUGGCGUAUAAGAAACGCUGCCGAAGUUCCAUUCUUAUGGGUUGUCGCCUCUCUUCAAAUGUACGAUACACCGUUCUCAAACAAGCCACUGACAAGAGAUCCYCACAGGGGAUAUGCAAGUAGUUACUUUGGACCUGGUUACAAGCCAAGCAAUGCCUUCGACAAUAACCAAGACACUCUUUGGAUCAGCAAUGGAGGAGCCCCGCCAGGCAUGCAGUGGAUUGCGUACGAGUUUGAUCGUCCAGUCUUYGUCGGAUCAAUUCGUAUUGCUUUAGAAGAUGGAAAACCCGAUAGRUCACCAUCAAUGAUGUAUGUAGAAGCAUCAUGUGAGAAGUACUUUAAGAACUUUGUGACGUAUUGGGUGAUCAAUAAUCCAAGACAAGAAACUGACAAGCGAUACAACGUUUUCGGCCAAGCUAAGUUCACCAAUCUUGGAGCAAGUGGUCGUCUUGGUCCAGUGACGGUAGGUUCUCAUUACAAAGGACAAGACCACGAGGGACAAGUCAGUGUCAAUAAAGGAGUACAGAUGUGGAAGGUUCCCGCUACAGGAACAUAUUCUAUUGAAGCUGCUGGAGCCUCUGGUGGUUAUGAUAAGUUUAGCGGAGCAAGUAAAUUCCGUGGACGUGGUGCCAGGGUGAAAGGAAACUUCAAGCUCAAGAAGGGAGAUGUUCUUAAAAUCCUUGUAGGGCACGAAGGGCAGCACAACACGAUUUCUGGAGGUGCAGGRGGUGGCGGAGGAUCGUUUGUUGUUAAGCAGGACAACUCGCCACUGAUCAUCGCUGGUGGCGGUGGAGGAGUGGACAAGAUGAAGUCAGAAUCCCCUCGUUGCCAUGGUGGCGUUUCCCAGGAUGGUAACCCUGGUUACGGAGGCAGUAUGCUGACUGGAGGCUCAGGAGGAAGAGGAGCUGACGAAGGUGACAAUGGCUACUCUGGGGGUGGUGGUGGUGGACUCAAAAGUAACGGACGUAGCAACAAAAACUUUGGUGGCUCGAAGGGGACUGGAGGAGAGGGUGGUAGAGGUUUCACUGCUGGUGCCGUUGGUGGUCGAUCCAAUCAAAAUCAUAUCGAYGGAGGCUUUGGAGGUGGUGGAGGACCAAACGGCGCCGGUGGGGGAGGUGGUGGUGGAGGAGGAUACUCUGGUGGAGCCAGUGGAUCCCGUUCAAAUUCCUGCGGUGGGGGAGGGGGUUCGYUCAAUUCUGGUUCUGAMCAGUUGAACAAACCCGGAGCCAACACUGGUCAUGGAUAUGUCUCUAUCAAGAUUGUUAACUUUCAUUAGCUUAAAUAUCCUCCCUUAGUUUUGUUUUUAACGUUAAAACUUUUUUUUUACCCAUAUAGGAUUACUUUGAGACUUAGGUACGAAUAACGACAAAAUGUUUUAUUUGCUACAGAAUUACGAGACAUUUAUGACAACAAUACAACCCUUUGACAGAAGAACCAGACAUGAAAACAAUGCACUUAAACGCAACGUAUAUCAAUUUUUCUUUCUUUUUACAUGCUUUUUAACUCGUGUCAAAGUUUGGAAACAAAAAAACCCAAGCGCAUUUAGUUAAGCAUUUGGUCAAAGAUAUUAACGCGAAGUCACACUGCUGAACGUGGAAAAAGGCAAAACAAGUGCUUCUGAUUAGGUGUUGCGGUUACGGGAAUAAACAAUUUGGAAGCCAAGAAGUAAAGCAAACUUUGACUCUUGAUAUAUAAACAGCAAAAACGUGUGCAGACGUACAUGUACAAUACAUGACUAAUUUUGUUUUACUAGACAAUUUUACUUACAUUUAUGACUGUUUAUAUUUGACUGACAAUACAAUAUUUUAAAACAAUACACUGUUGUCAUUAUUCUAUUUUACAACCAAAUAGGUUUGACUACUUAAUUGACAAUACCAAYAUAACCUAAMAAACCUGUUUGGCUGGAAAGACUUUUAUUUUUGAUUUGACUGAUUACUUGAAAAACCUGUUUGACUACACAAAUGUGAUGUCACGGAUUUUGUUUAUUUUAUUACGAGAAACAUUUGACCAAACGAACACUACAUACGAAGACUGCUGACAAUUUGCUUACAGUUAUAGAAAUCGGGAUCGUCAUUAAUGCUCUGAAUAGAUUUUCACGGCUCAGUAGCAGUAAUCAUUGUAUUUCAAAUGCAUUUAGAUCAGUGUCGAGCGCGAUGAAAGUAGAUUUUAUUUACAGAUUCAGUAAAGUCAUAUCUAAAACUA